AUGCCUGACUUGCGGAACUUAGAUGGUGCCGUUAUUGAUGAUAGCGUGAUCCCGUUUACCGGUGCGCAUACCAACUACGUGGAACCACCUCUUAAUGUGGAUAACGCAAUAACUGGGACACAGUCUUCAAUACAAAGUAGUAUGUCAAAUAUAAAUACGACACAAAUUAAUUUUUCACCUAUUUUUUCCACAAAUGUUGCUGCGACUACAAUGAUCACAUCUGCUCAAUAUUCAUCGCAUGGUUUAUAUGGAAUUUCGUCACAUUCUUCGCUGCCUUUUGGGUCCGGAGGCGUGGACAUGGCUAUGAAUCAACCAACAGCAUAUGCGGGCUUGCCUAAGGAACAUAACCACGUGGGGCUCUAUAACAAACUGCCUUCAGUUGUAGGUGGACCCCAAAUGAACUCUACAUUUGCUCAUUCAUCCGCUUGCGUGUUUGGUCAGAGCCAGCACGUACCAAUGAGUUCAGUUUAUACGUCCACUUAUGGAGGAAGCGUCUUUCAAAACGCGCAACUACCUCGCGUCACAUCUUUGGUUAAUGGAGAUGGGUGCAGUGCUGCCACACAAUAUAACCCCUUCUCUCCUGCACGCAACUAUUUCGGGCAACCACAGGGAGGUUUUGCGCCCGUCAACGAUAGUACAUGGAGGCAGGUUCAGAAUAGUUCAGACGUGAGUUUAAACCCAUCACAUAUAGCGUCUAGACAGGCGAUAAGCAAAGAUUUGCCACCUUUCUCCGGGAGGCCAGAAGAAUGGCCAUUGUUUAUAACAAACUAUGAACAAUCAACAGAACGCUGCGGGUUUUCUGAACAAGAAAACUUAAUACGAUUACAAAAAUCACUGCGCGGUGCCGCUCUUGAAGCUGUUCAAGGAAAAUUGAUGAUGCCAUCUACAGUUCAUCUAGCCAUCGAAACUCUUCGUAUGCUUUUCGGGAGGCCAGACGUUAUACAUAACACCCUACAACGGAAAUUGAGACAGAUGCCAGCAGUGAGGACCGAUCGACUAAAUACACUUAUCGAUCUCGCGUUGGGUGUACAAAAUUAUAGAGCAACCAUGCAAGCAUUAGGUCUGAACGACUAUCUCAACGACCCUAUGCUAAUCAAUGAGUUGCUGAGUAAACUUCCUGGAGAUAUGAAAUUAGACUGGGGUCGUCGUCGAAUGACCAUCUCAAGGGUAGAUGUCGUGGCCUUUGAUGAAUCGUUAUUUGCGCUGGCUUCAUGUGCAAGCCAGGUAACGCCACUUAAUGAAACCAGCGGUAACGCUGCGGAAGAAAAGGUAUUAGGAAAGAGCAAUAGGCAAAGAGUUUUCGUGCACGACGAAAUCCCAAAGGAGCUUAGCCCCACCAAAACGCGUAAUGAGGAAACUAAACAUUCCAUAGCUUGUUCUCUAUGCGGCAAAGAGCACAAUCUUGCCGAUUGUCCAAACUUCCUAACAAAGAGCCGAAAUGAACGUUGGCAGUUAAUCAAGGACAAAAGGCUAUGCAUUCGAUGCUUUAAGUCCCACAUGGUUAGACGCUGCACCUCUAAGCAAGUUUGCGGGGUAGAUGGAUGUAGAAUGGUGCACAACCCACUACUACAUAGCCAAAAUGCUGCAGUUAAGACUAGUCGGGUAAAUACAAUCCUAGUUCAUCAACGUAAGUUUAGGAGAGCCAUUUUUCGUUACAUUCCGGUAAUAUUGUAUGGUCCUAAAGCCACGGUGGAGAUAUUUGCGUUAAUUGAUGAGGGAGCAUCUUGCACGUUGAUGGACAGUAAAUUGGCUGAGCAGCUAGGUCUCGACGGCCCUGGUGAAGACUUGUGCUUGAGAUGGACGGGCGACAUAACACAGCAGGAGGUAAACUCAAAGGUUUUAAACUGUGAAAUAUCUGCAAGAGAGAAAAAUUCUAGGCGAUAUCGUAUGCACAAUAUUCGAACAAUCACUGACCUUGAGUUACCGCAACAAACUCUCAACGCAGACACUUUAAAUGAGCACAAACACCUGAAGUCAUUGCCUAUUCUACCAUACACCGACUGCAAAGCGCGAUUAUUAAUAGGAUUGGACAACACGGCUAAACUUUGCGUACCUGUGGAGGUGAGUCAAGCUGAAGGUGAUGAUCUAAUAGCUGCGCGUUGUAAAAUAGGUUGGUCAGUAUAUGGUCAGGAUAAGUCGGCAUAUCAGCCAGACGAAAAUCUGCUCCACGUUUGCACCUGUACUAAAUAUGAUCAGCUUGAUAACUUAAUGAAAGCCUAUUUCUCUAUCGAUUCGGUGGGUAUCAAUCCUGUUCUCAAACCCCUUAGAUCAAGGGCAGACGAGCGUGCUUACCACAUAAUGGAGAAAACAGUUUUGUAUGAUGCCAGUGUUAAGAAAUGGGAAACGGGCCUCUUGUGGAAAUAUGACCACAUUGACUUGCCCGACUCCUAUCGAAUGGCAUAUAAUCGUCUCCAAUGUCUGGAAAAGAAGAUGGAAAAGAGCCCCGAUCUGAAGCAAUAUCUUGUUGGGAAGUUAAAUGACUAUCUCGAAAAGGGUUACAUAAGAAAACUAAAAGUCGAGGAAAUAUCGAAAGGAGGCAAAUCUUGGUUUAUUCCAAUAUUCACAAUUGAGAACGUUAAAAAAAAUAAAUUGAGAAUCGUGUGGGAUGAAGAAGCUAAGAAGACACUACCAAAUGCUGUGGCAACAAUUGUCGAAAAUACGUUUGUGGACGAUUGGUUGCAUAGUAUGGAUGAUGAGGAAGAAAUGAUUCGACUAGCUACUGACGUCCGCUUCAUCCAUUGUGAAGGUGGGUUCGAGAUGCGAAACUGGUUGUCGAAUUCUAAACGAGUUCUGCAAGCGCUCUCAAGUAAGCAUGAACCCGCGAAUAAAUGCUUCAUAGAGCCAGGAUCAGAACUUCAAAAGGUUCUUGGUAUGUGGUGGUUACCAACCAGUGACGAACUAACCUUUGUUCACAGGUUCAAACCGGAUAUCUUCAAUGAAUCCACUUUUCCAACGAAACGACAAAUGCUUCGAGUAAUGAUGACUAUAUUCGACCCUUUGGGUCUGUUGGGGUUUAUUGUAAUUAAAGCUAAGAUGAUAUUACAAGAUGUGUGGCGAUCGGGCGUAACUUGGGAUGAGCCUGUACAUGAUAAAGAACGUUCCGCUUGGUGGCAGUGGCUGCGAAAGCUACGCUGUAUUGAUAAAAUCCGUAUUCCAAGGUGCUACACUUUCGCAAAUCGCAGCAGCGAUAACCAACUUCAUAUCUUCGUUGAUGCUAGCAUAUCAGCAUAUGCUGCUGUGGCCUUUCUUCGUUCAAGUAUGGGCGACAAAGUUCAUUGCUGUCUCGUUGCCUCCAAGACACGAGUUGCUCCGUUGAAGCCACUCUCAGUGCCGAGACUUGAGUUGAUGGCAGCCAUCUUAGGACUUCGUCUAGCUAAGUUCAUAAGAAAGGAACUCUCCAUACAAAUUAACCGCCGGAUCUUCUGGUGCGAUUCGAAGGAUGUCCUAUAUUGGAUUAGGUCUGACGCCAGAAAAUUCAACCAGUUUGUAGCUGUGCGAAUUGGCGAAAUUCUAGAGGAUUCACAAAUCAACGAGUGGCGGUGGGUACCAACGAAGGAUAACGUAGCUGACGAUGGUACAAAAUGGUACAAUAAUAUGGAAUUAAACAGCUCUGGGAGAUGGCUUACGGGCCCUGAAUUCCUAAUUCUAUCAGAAACUCUCUGGCCAACAUCCGAAUUCAAAGAGCCACAAGCCGUAGCAGAAACUAUACAGCACGUAACAAUUGAUUCUUCGAAAGAUAUUGGUGAUACGCAACCAGAUCCUACAAGGUUUAGUAAGUGGGAAAAGUUGCGCGCUGUACAGAUGUGUGUUCUUCGUUUUCUCCGUUUGACUAUGAAGAACACCGCUAGAAAUCCAGUUACUCAAACAAUUAUUUCCGAUAGCACCUGUACAAGUGCCGAACUACUUCUCUUCCGCAAGUGCCAGGAAGAAUGCUAUGGCGCAGAGUUUGAUCAAAUAAAAAAAGGCGCGCUGGGACUGCUACGCGUAAAGGGUCGGAUCGAAGAAGCAAGAGGAGUGACAACAGAUCUCAAACAACCGAUUAUACUUCCCCGUAACAAUAUUGUUACUCAUUUGGUCACAGAUUUCUAUCAUAGAAAGUUCCAUCACCACCACAACGAGAUAGUGGUAAAUGAGAUGCGCCAGCGAUUCUGCAUUAAUGGUCUACGAGCUUUGGUGCGGAUGAUAUCAAAAGUAUGUCAACAAUGUCGUAAUCGGAGAGCCACACCGAAUCCACCAGAAAUGGGAAAGUUACCACCAGAGCGUCUCGCGUCAUUCACUGAUCCUUCCGCUUAUACAGGAGUGGAUUAUUUCGGACCCUUCGACGUGACGAUUGGCAGAAGGCAUGAGAAGCGUUGGGGAGUUGUUUUUACCUGCAUGACUAUACGUGCCGUACAUAUUGAGAUUUCUUCAUCGCUAUCUACUGACUCAUUCCUCCUUGUUCUGAAAUUGUUUAUAUCACGACGAGGAGUUCCUCGUCGAAUCUUCUCUGACAACGGCACUAAUUUCAGAGGCGCUAGUCGCAUUCUAGCAGAUGAAAUCGAGAAAAUAUCAUCUGGCACACUAAUAGAAAAAUACCCCGAAAUUGAGUGGACUUUCAUACCACCAGCAUCACCACAUAUGGGCGGAGUGUGGGAGCGCAUGGUACGAUCUAUAAAGUCAGUAUUGAUGGACAUAUUACCAAAAGAAGGUCUACGAGAGGAAGUGCUGAGAGCAACUUUAGCCGACGUCGAAAAUAUUAUUAACAUGCGCCCUCUUACCUACGUUCCACUGGAAUCAUACGAUAGCGAAGCAUUAACGCCAAACCAUUUCCUUCUGGGAAAUUCAAGUGGCAUAAGAGAGAAGGGUGAUUGCGAUGUUACCAAUCCGUCGCUGCUAAAUAAGAAAUUUCGCACAUCUGUUAUGGAUGUCACAAAGGGCAGCGACGGACAAAUAAAAAGCGCCGUAAUCAAAACUUUCAACGGCUUAAUAACACGGCCAGUAGUGAAACUUGCGCGCCUAGAUCUGAAAGUGAACCCCACGUCAGAGCAUGGAGAUCACGGAGGGGGAAAUGUUAGCGCGCAACAACCCUAA